AUGGAUUCUGCAAAAAGUUUUUUUAACAAGUUUCAACCACGAGACAAGCCACGGAAAAAAGAUAUGUCCUCCGGUAGCACUUACGGCGGCGGAACAGAAACCACCGUCCCUGGCGGAGGAAAUGAAACAGAGACGACGGCAACGACGAAACUUCCACCACUAGGCGGAGAAGGAGAAUCACUCUCGAACACAACCAAACAGAAAGUUGCAGCAGCAAAACAACGAACAACGCUUGAGAAGAAGCUAGCAGAUGCAGAUGUAUCUGAAGAAGAUCAAAACAAUCUUUUAAAGUUUCUUGAGAAGAAAGAAACAGAGUAUAUGAGACUCCAAAGACAUAAAAUGGGUGCUGAUGAUUUCGAACUCUUAACUAUGAUUGGUAAAGGAGCUUUUGGAGAGGUUCGAAUUUGUAAAGAGAAGAACACAGGUCAUGUUUUUGCUAUGAAGAAACUCAAGAAAUCAGAAAUGCUUCGUCGAGGCCAGGUGGAGCAUGUAAAAGCAGAGAGGAAUCUAUUGGCAGAAGUAGAUAGUAGCUGUAUAGUGAAGCUUUACUGUUCUUUUCAAGACAAUGACUAUCUUUACUUGAUAAUGGAGUAUUUGCCCGGUGGCGAUAUGAUGACUCUUCUUAUGAGGAAAGAAACUUUAAGUGAAGCUGAAGCUAGAUUCUAUGUCGCUGAAUCUGUUCUCGCUAUCGAAUCUAUCCAUAAACGCAACUAUAUCCACAGGGACAUUAAGCCAGAUAACUUGUUGCUUGAUAGAUAUGGACAUUUGAGGUUGUCUGAUUUUGGACUAUGUAAGCCAUUGGAUUGUAGUGUUAUUGAAGGAGAAGAUUUCUCGGUCGGAAAUUCGAGUAACGGAGGAGGUUCAGAGAGCGAACAGAGCACAUCAACCACUCCCAAACGCUCACAGCAAGAACAGUUGCAACAUUGGCAGAAGAAUCGAAGAAUGCUUGCUUACUCAACCGUUGGUACACCAGACUACAUUGCACCUGAAGUCUUGUUAAAAAAAGGAUACGGCAUGGAAUGCGACUGGUGGUCACUAGGAGCUAUAAUGUACGAGAUGCUUGUUGGUUAUCCACCAUUUUACUCCGACGAUCCAAUGUCUACUUGUAGAAAGAUAGUGAAUUGGAAAACACAUUUGAAGUUCCCUCCAGAAGCAAGACUAUCACGAACGGCUAAGGAUCUUGUUGGUAAGCUUUUGUGUAACGUUGACCAACGACUCGGAUCUAGUACUGGUGCAUCCCAAAUCAAGGCACAUCCUUGGUUCGAAGGUGUAGAAUGGGAAAAGAUUUACCAAAUGGAAGCUGCUUUUAUUCCUGAGGUAGAUAAUCAAACUCAAGCACCCUCUAGAACAGGACCAUGGAGAAAAAUGUUAUCUUCAAAAGACAUAAAUUUUGUUGGCUACACAUACAAAAACUUCGAAAUCGUCAACGAUUAUCAAGUCCCCGGAAUAGCCGAGUUGAAGAAGAAAGACACAAAACCGAAGAGACCAUCGGUUAAGUCACUGUUCGAGAGCGAAUCGGACACGUCGGCUGGUUCGGUGAGACAGACCAUUAACCGGAGCUUCUCGAAUCCGACGUAUCGUGAAGUGGAACCCAACUUGAGACGUCUCGAAUCCGAGUAG